AUGAACUUGAGAUACGGUGAAGACAAUUCAAAAGAAUUGAUCACCAAAUUCAUUCAAAGGCAAACAAUCUUCCCCAGCAAUCCUCCAUCACAUGAAGACAGUCAACCCCUUCAUCUCCUCGACCUACUUCGGAACGAACUAGUCCGUGCUGCACCUUCCAAGAGGCCACUUUUCUCCCACAUUUGGCCUGUGUCUCGAGCAAGAGAUGGCGACACCGCCACCAACACAGAUUUGGAAGGUUGGGAUUCAUUUCGUGCAGUCACUGAGCUUAAAGCAUCGCGUAUUGUGUGCAAGAGAAAUGACUCAACCAAGCCCAAGUUGUUAAACUUGGUAACAUAUGAAACAUGUCCUGAUGCUUCCGACGACUUCACCGUUGCCUCUUACAUCUGUUUCCUGGAUUCUCUCAUCGAUAGCGCAGAGGAUGUGAAAGAGCUGAGAUUAAAAGGAAUACUUCACAAUGUACUUGGCAGCGACCAGCAAGUUGCUGAUCUCUUUAAUGACUUGACAAAUGACUUGGUGCCGGACCCUGAGCUUUAUCGAGAUGUUAAGAGUGGCAUUGAAAAGCACUACAACAGCAAUGUAGGGACCUGGAUGGCUGAAAUGCAUCAGACAUAUUUCCGUAACCCAUGGUCUGUAAUUGCCUUAGUUGCUGCUGCAUUGGCUCUCCUGCUUACCAUGGUUCAAACGUAUUACGCAAUCUUCCCUAGCAACAACAAUGACAGCUCCAAGAAGCACUAA